AUAAAAAGUGAAAAAUGUCGACCACUUGUGUGUCUGAAGGAGGAAUCUCAGAAGAAAAAGCUUCAGAAUUAGAUUAUAAUGAAAAGUCUGAUGUGGAAGAAGAAUUGGAGAUUGUAGAUGAAGUUGGAGAUCUGGAUGACUUUGAUGUGUUAGAUGAAGUUGAUGAUGAAGAUGACCUCAGUCUUGAUGAGAUUAGUGAUGAUGAUGAUGAUGAACCUGGCCUGAAAAGAAAAGAUGAAGUUUUGAAGGUCAGAGUUGAAAAGAGCCCAAGAAGCACGUUGCCAGUAAAAUGCCUCACUGCAGAAGACUUAACCAGUCCUUACGUGUCUCCUGUUCUGAAUGAAAUAACCGCAGCAUUGUCUGGCAAAAUAAAAGCCAACAAAGAUGGUGUUACAGAAAUACUGCUGCAGGGAUCAAAGGAAGCCAACACCAAUCAGACCUUCACCAAGGCGAAAAAAGAUAUGCUAAGGAAUAAGGUUAAGCAAUUUCAGAGGUCAGGCAGGCUACCAGGCCUAGCAGAAGGUAGUCUCAUCUUUGUGAGAAAAAUUCCAAUAGAUGCAGGAGCCGGAUUGCUGAAGAGUUUGUUCCCUAAUGCCAGAAAUAUUCUUCUGCCUCGAAGUGAUGAUGGCUUAAACUUGGGAUUUGCCAUUCUUCAACCAGACAAGGAGGAGGAUAAGACUUUUACAGUGCAGCAGCCUGGUCAUCCGGUGAAAACACAAAGAGCAGGCAGCAGUCUUUCAAACAUUAGCUCCAAAAGUCAUAAUUCCGGAGAUAAUGGAAGCAUGGGGUCAUCUCUACCAGAAUUCAAGCUGUCAAAAACCGCAGAAAAACCCCAGGGUACUUGUAAUGACAGUUUCCGCACCCAUCAGAGUAAAUCUGAUGAUCUGGCUGAUAAUGACGUUGAGUACAACCCACCAGCUCGUGGUAGAGGAUUUAAACGUGGAAUGUCGAUGAGAGGUGGGCGAGGCCUCUACCAUGGGAGGCUCAUAGGAAAAAAUCAAGGCCAUCAAGAUAAGUUCCGAGGUAACCAAGGUCGUGGAAUGCAGUUCAGAGGUAGUCGAGGUGUCAAGGUGCUAUUGAGAGAUAAUCAAGGUGUCGAGAUGCUAUUGAGAGAUUCUAGAACAUCAUUCCGAGGCAAGAAAGAUGGUGGAAUGUCCUUCAGAGACAAUGAUAGUCGAGGAAAGCCGUUCAGAGGGAAUAGAGGUCGAGGAAACCUGUUUAGAGGGAAUAGAGGUUUUCAACGUGGAAUGCCCAACUCUAGAGAGAGAGGUUUGAUUGGAGGAAGAGGGUUUAAUCAUUUAAGAAACGACAACGGGCACUCUCAUAGAGGUAGAGGCUUCAGACGCAACUUCCACAGACAAGCCGGAGAUUCCCAUGGUGAGGUGGACCAUUAUGUUUCCAUUGGUGGUGCGGAGAUGGGUGAUCACCGUGGUGAUGAUACGUGGGGUUACACUGAAGACAACCCUUUCUACAAAGAUGACCUUCGCUAUGAAGAUGACCUUUGCUAUGAAGAUGCCAUUCAGUAUGAUGAUGACCCUCUGCAAGAGUAUGAGCUUCAGCAUGAGGAUGAUCCUCGCUAUGAUGACCUUCGUCCUGGAGACAACCUUCACUAUGAUGGUGAUCAGUAUGAACCAGACAUCAGGUACAGAGACAGGCGACAAUCUACGGAAAGAUAUGAAGAAGAUAUUGCAAUCGGUGGCAGGGCUUACUCUCAAGAUGAUUCUGUCAGCAGACAUCCCAGCCCAGAAUUUGAAUGCUACAGAGAACGUUUUAGAAUGUAUGACAGACGAGCAUCUAUUGACCAGCAAAACAGAUUUCCUGAUGAUCAUUGGCACUCUAGAGGUAAGAGGAAGAGGAGUGCUUCGCCUUACAGGAACAGAGGGAAAGAGAGUUACCACGAUGACUCAGCACCUAUACGGGAUGACCUCUCAGACUCCCACAGAAGCAGAAGAUCCUGGGGGCAGGGCAGUACAAAGAAGAUCGUAAGAACUGAGGAUGGAGAGUUGUUGAUCGCCGAUUCCUCUCGAGAGCCAUCUGAGGGGUCAAGAAGUUCAGAGUUAAGGGGGCGGCCAUGGAGACCUGGAAAUAGAGGUUGCAGAAAAAGAGAGGGGUCCAGAGACUUCAGGCAUCAAGAAGAUCAUCCAAUAAAUAGGGAAGGGCGAGCAGAUAGGAUGUCAGACCCAAGAUCAAGAUCAAGGACUCCCGGUAUGUGGAGGAAGCCUGUAGAGGACAGUUUGUCUCCAGAAAGACAGUUGCACUCACCUAGUCCAGAUAGGAAGUCUGGUAGAGUUACACCCCUUCAGUCAGACGUGGCUGAGUCCAGAAUGGUUCCACAAGUGGGUGGAUUAGAGGAAACCUCAGACAGAGGUGGUAUCAUAUUAACUCGGACUCUGAAUGGGGAUAUUUUGUUGUCAACAGCUGAGACAGCCACAGUAAAGCCAGUUUUGCCAUUGACCCCGGUUGAUCAUACCAUAGAAAGACAUGUGAAUGCUGUGAGGACAAUAGAGGCGUCCAUUGGAUUACCAGAUUCCUCCCUACUGGAGGACAAGAGAGGCAGACUUCAUGGUAGAUCUCCUGCUGAAUACAGAGCUUCCAAGUCACCAGGUAGUCGCCGCUCUGGCAGUAGGUGCCUGGAAUCUGCUACUGGUGGUGAGAAUGAGGACAAUGGUGGGAGGAGGAGAGGGGACAGGCCCAGGCACUCCACAGACACAUAUCGACGCAGUGCUUCAAAGGAGUUUAAUGAUUAUGACAGGAAUCGCUCAAAGGUGCAUCGUUCAAGAAGUCCUCAGAGACGAGGACUGGAGAGGCUGUCGGCAGCUAGAGAAUAUGAAGAUGCUAGAGGCAGGUUCCACGAUGAUGAUGGUAUUGAUGAACACAGGGGUGGUAGGCGCCCUUUACCUCCUAGACAUUAUCAGAAGCAAAAUGUGCAUUACAGUUCCAGAGACGAGGGAACAGAGUAUGAUGAAGAUGAGAGAAGUUACAUCAGAUCAGAUAGAUCCAGGAGUCAUUCUCGAGCAAGCAGUCAACCAUUUGAACACAACACUCAGGACAAUAGUAGAAGAGUCUUUGCGAGCGGACAUCAGAGAUUUGCACAUCCAGGUUCAUCUCAAGAGUCUGAUGUGGAAGAUUACGCGGCACAUCUUAAGUACACAAAACCCAAAUCACGGCUUGACACAAAAACUCACAUCAUACAAAGAGCUGAUGCUAAAUCCUACAAAGUACGGAUUCGCAAUGACUACUACAGCCCAAAUAAACCACGGAAACAUAUCAAAAAUAGAGGCAUUGAGGAAUCUUUUGAAGCUAUUGACUCGGAGGAAGAUUCAGAAAGUUUGGUCAUGAUGGAUGGGGCUGGAAUCCGACCAGAGAGUGACGCACAAAGCACCAAGAAACAUGAUGUGGUCGCAAGUUUUAAAAACAGUCCUGAAAUGCCAAAAAAUCAAUCUGAAAAUUUUAAAAACUCUCAGGUUUCUCCAAAAACUAACAUUCCAUUAGGGGCCAAACACAACACUAUACCUGGUAAAAAGUUGUCCAGUACCCACAAAAGUGCCUCCCCUAUUUCUCCCAGUGCUGGUGGAAGGUACUUCAACAGGUCAACUACUCUACAUCAGAUGUCUGGAAAGGUCCAAGGCUCAACUUCCACAACCAGUGUGCCAAGUAAGCCUCAUCCUGCUGCAAGUGCUGGAGUAAAACAGACCUCAUCAGGUGGGACCACAUCUCAAAGCAGUUUAAAUGUGUCUAGAAGCUUUAAAGGCUCCCAGCAAUCUGCAGCAUCCCUGAACACAACCUCACAUCCAACUAGACUGGGCAGCACUCAAGGGUCAUUAAUUCAGCUUACAACGGGGAGUAGCAAACCCCAGCAGGGCAGUGUUCCAGCCUGGAAAACUUGUAAUACACAGAAAGCUAAGUGGCUUCCCAAAAAGCCUUUCCAGAAGAAGAAUCCAAGAUGGAUGGGGCAAAAGUUCCAAAGUGCCAACCAACCAACAAAUACUUCUGCUGAUGUCUCAGAUGUACGCAGGAUGUUGAUCAACCAGUUGCAGUUGUUAGAACAAGGUGUACAAACUGAUCCAUCUGCCAUAUCCAACAUUGCACAGCAGCUUAAAAAGCUUGGUCAUCAGAAACAUAUGCAGGCCAGUGUGACUCAAGGCUCAUCAUCUUUACCUUCCUGUGGUAAUGCCAACUUAAGUUCUGGAUCAGGGCAGGGAUGGACAGCUUCCCUGCAGAAUCAGGGUUACAGUUCUUCAAGCCAGGCUUCUGUGGUGGACAACCAACCAUACUGUGGCCCUUCUGGAGUGAGCCAGGCCUGGCAGAGAUUUCCUACCAACAGUGGGGGUUAUGGCUCUGGGGUACAGCAGUAUGGAGAUGUAACACAGACUGGGUUAGGGACUGGACCACAGAUACGCCCCAGUAAUCCCCAUGGUAGCAGAUCUUAUACCUCUCAUCAGUAUUCCAACUCAACAAGGCAAGUGUCCAGCUCAGGAAAUGUACCCUCCAGUCAUCUUGGUAACAGCCAGACAUUCUCUUCAGCUCCAGUGUAUCAGACACCACAGUCCAACUCUAGGAUUAUAUGGCCAUCAUGAAGGAAGGAACACUCUUCAUUUUGUUUUCUCUCUAUUUGUGCUGAAGUUAAAGGCCUGAAUGGUUUCAUUAUUGUGAGCGUGUAAUUCAAGGAAAAUAGUUCUAGAAUGAGUCCAUGUAUUUUUUUGUGUUUAAUUAAGUUAAACCAGUUCAUCAGUACAUCCACUAACCUGAUGGUGUUCCUGAUGGUUAAAUUAUCACUGCAUGAUAAUACAGUAAAAUUAUGAGAACACCAACUGUUGUUUGGUUGGAAGAGAUUUCAUCAAAAUUUGUUUUGUUAUUGAAGUGUAGUGUGUGAGGAACAACAUUUUGUCAUCUUGUUUCUGAAAUGAAAUGGAUUGAUACUUCAUGAUGAUGUUUGAUAGUGACCACCUGUCCUCUUCAGAGAAAUGAUUGUUGUUUGUUCAUUAUGGUAAUAGCAGUAUUCAUAUCACUGAUAUACAGUGAACGUAAACCAUGGCUUCAAUUUUCCAUAAAACCACAUUAGCUACCUGGAAUAAAUACUUUUCUCAGGUUGGAUUUACCAUGAAUUUGUAUCUUCAUCUGUUGUUCAGUUUAGCAUCUGUUACCUGAAAAAAAGGAUGUCAUUAAACAAUAACUUACAAUACAUACCUUCUCCAAUAUUUAGAAUAUAUGUAUUCUGAGAGUAUAGAAAAGGCCUCAGGAGCUGCUUUCACAGCACUUUUACAUCAGGCAGAUUUAUUGUUCAGGUGACCAGAUGGAGAUUUGGAUUGAACAUAUAUAUUUUUAACAGGGCGGCUUUAGCCUAGACCACAGACUUUCUCUUAGGUUUAUAUCUCCUGUGAAUUAAUGGCUCUCCAGAGAAGUUCCCUUUCCUAAAAUGUGACAUUUUUUAUUCCAAAUGUUAACUUCAGUGAAAGUGUUUAACAAACCAUCAUUACAAUUUUAUCGAUGUUAUGUAUAAAGAGUUUUUGUGAUCAUGGAGAAGAACCAGUGGUGUGUUACAGGUACCCAUGUCAGCUGUAAUCUAUGGUUUCAUUUACACCUUGUUUUAAAUUUACCUUGAAUGAAAUAGAAACUCAUCUUUUUGUAUGUAAAUUUCCUGUUGAUCAUGGUUACAUUCAAUCACAUUUCAUCUUGAGUAGUCGGUAAUGGUAAUUGUACCAGUGUACAAGGAGCUAUUUGUUAUUGUCAGCAGUUAUUGGCUACUUUCUUGUAAUGUUUUGUUAUCAGUAAAAUAACCCUGAAAAGAAAUGCCAGUACAUGUAUGCUUUAGUAUGCAUGAUGAAUAAAUAUUCGAAAACGUACCAAAUUGGAAUCUUUGAA